AAAUCUUCAAAUAAUCGUUUAUAACUUAAUUUAUAGCCAAAAUCAAAAUUAUUCAAAUACAUAUACAUGUAUAUGUACGCAGUUGCAGUGUGUUGAUAACAACUAUACGUGUAGUUUUAUUUGGAUUAGAAUGUUACACAAGGCCAAUAAAAAGUGGUUUUAUUCUUGGGCUUUGUUUAAGGAAAUGUGAUUAUUAUUUAUAUUUCCUUAUUUAUUAAUAUUUUUCAUAACACGAGCUAGGCAAAGGAGAUUUUAAUGUUAAAAGGAUACGAAUCCGGUUUUUUUUAUGAAUGAGGCGGAAAAGUUCAAGGGCUGCAUAUAUCUAUUUGAAAGCAAGCAUGGGAGAAAUUAUUGGAUCUAUAUCAGACGUAGUUUACCGUGGAAUCCGCGACCUGUGGGAACAAGAUGCAUGUACGGACUUUGAAAUCGAAACCGCUGGAAAGACGUUUCGCUGUCACAAAGUCGUUUUGGCAGCCGUGUCCGACUACUUUAGAGCAAUGUUCAAUUCUGGAAUGAAAGAGACUGAACUGAAUAAAGCAAAGUUUGAAGAUAUAAGUACAGACACUUUUGAAACCCUUUUCUCUUUGAUUUACUCACAAAAUCACAUUGAAGACGACCACUUGAAGCAAAAGUCUGAGGAGGAAAUGACCGAACUUCUCAACGUUGCUGGACGUUUGCAGAUCAGUUUCCUAAAGGACAUUUGCAUUAAUCAUUUUGAGUCGACGAUGUCAACAAAUAAUUGUGUGGAGCGUUGGAAGGCUGGCCAACUAUUUCUCUGUGACGAUGUGAGAGAAUUUGCGUGGGAAUACAUUUUGGAACAUUUCGACGAAAUUGCCAACGAUGACAUUCUCAUGACGCUUGAGUUUGAAGAUAUUCUGAAGAUUAUCAGUGAUGAAAAAUUAAAAGUAUCGAAUGAAGAAACUGUUUGGAGAACAAUCAAGAAAUGGGUCAACACUGAGUUGGAUAAACGGCUGGAACACUUUGUUUCACUUCUGAGGGAAUGCCGUCUCGUUGCAAUCGAUAAAAACUAUCUGACGGAUAAGAUCGUGUUCGACCACUUAGUUCGAAAAAAUGACGAGGCGUCAGAUAUGGUCCGCGACGCCGUGCGGUAUAAUUGUCAUCCCAGUCUUCAUGGUAACGUGGAAUUGAAGUUUAGGGCAUGUCAGAAAAAGAAAAUAUCCACGGUCGUUUUACAGAAGAAUAUCGAUAACAUUAAAGAAACCCCUGAAACGAAAUUUAUGCCUAGGGUAAAAGAUUUACCCAAAAUACAAGUGAAGUGUAUACAAUCAGUGUACUCGCCUUGGUCUACCUGGCCGAUACUAACCACAGUGGAGGACAAUAUUGCAUGUUGCACUCACGGGAAUUCCGUCUACGUCACCGGAGGGAGAAAGGGAUCGUUAAAGGAAUUCAAAACUUCUAAAAUGAAAUGGGUCUCUCGUAGCGACAUGGUAGCGCCGCUUACAGGACACACUAUGGUUGCCACUGAUGGGUAUCUGUACGUGAUUGGCGGAAGAUCGGGGUAUGACCCGAACGCGAACGUUUACGUUUGGUCCGUUGAGGAUCGCGGAGAAUGGAGAAUAGACGGGGAUAUUAUGGCCCCUGUCAUUGGAGCUUCUUCAGUGGCUCUCGAUGAUAAGAUUUACAUCUUUGGAGGUGAACUUGGACGACAGCCAGCGGAUUGUGUACAACUGUAUGACACGAAGACAAACUCUGGAACUAUUUUUUGCAAUCUUCCUGCACCUUGUCAGUGGUCGCGGGCAUUGUGCAGGGGAACCGAUGCCUACAUAGUCUCGUCAUGUGGAGAUGUCGUUACGGUGGAUAUCGAAGAAUGUACGAGCAAACAUAUUGCAUCAAUCCCAGAUUUUGAUCGUAAAAAUUUUGGAGUCGUUUUGAAACAAGGGAAAAUGCAUAUUUUUGGCGGGAAAGAUCUUAGCGAUACAAAGCAACUUUUGGCUACUUCCCUUCCUCUGAAAGAGCCAAUGAACUCCGACUCUGAAGAUGAAACACCUGUAUUUGCCAAAAGUUUGAAGGAGAUAAACAUGACUGAGAAGACUGCAGUUAGUGACGUUUACAUCAUCGACGUAAACUCUGGAGAAGUCAAGAAUGGCGCCGCUCUUCCAGUACCAGUUGAAGUUCUGGGUUGUGUGAAUGUAAUCCACAGCGUUGCAUUGGACUGAACUAAAUUGUUGGUGGGGUCCGCCUAAGGUUCGUACAGGCGUGACACCACUUCAUGGUUACUAGUAUGACAUUAAUCUUUGCACGCCAAGUGACGACAACUUAUAUAUUCAUGAGUUAAAGGAAUAGCCAAUGCGUUAAAUUUGUUUGGUACAGGGCAAUAAAAAAACGCCCCAAUACUAAGUUGUAUAUAUUUGCCUAUAUUUGCAGGAUACAGUAAUGAAUAUGUAUUCAAAAUAUCACUGUAAUAGACACUUUGUAAUAUAGGCAUCUUUGUGGCAUAAAUAUUAUUGUCAGUGUACUGCAUCAACUACCCGAUUUAUCAAUAAAAUCACCGUUUAAAGUUCUAACAUCGUUUUUAGAAGUGUAUAUCUGAGAAAAGUGUCUUAAAAUGUUGCAUAAUUUUUGUGAAUCAUUGUCCUUUUCUCUGCAUGCAUAAUAUUUUUGCUUCAUAAAAUAUGAUUUAAUUUAAUCAGUCACAUAUAUAUUGUGUGUGUUUGCACGAAAUCUUACGGAUGUGUUAUAUCAUUAUUCUUAACAAAUUACUAUAAUAUAUACUUCUAUUUUAUAAAAUAUGGUAGUAGACCCUGCAAAAUGCAAAAAUAUCCUUACAUUGUCUCCGUAUUGAUCAACAAAAUUCUGUGUAUGUUUUUAUCAAUGGCGGUCGUUAAAAGCUUGGUGCCACAACGGAUAGCUAAAUUGAACUCGCUAGCAAAUUAUAUUGAUUUAAAAUAUAUUUUCAUAAUCUAAAUAAUGAAGUGAAUGAUAAAUAUAAUAAAAAAUACAAGAAUUGAUCGGCAUUCAAGACAGGUCUACUUUCGUUUCCCUAUAAAUCUAUGAGUCAGAUUAUCAAUUGUAUGAUAACUAAAUUUUAAAACAUUCCAGAGGUUGUUUUCUUAAAAUUGGGAAUAAGAUACCUGUUGCAAUUAAGAAAAGUAAGUUUCAUUUCAUGUUGUUUUUAUUAGUUGGCAUGCAUUUGUUACGGAAUUCAUUUUUUCUUAACAAACUGUAUAGUCAGCGUUGUUGUGUUUUUUCCUGAUUUUUUAAUAUUAUAUGAUAUAGAAUUGAUUGAUUAGUAAAUUUCAACUCAAAAGAAUAAAUAUAAUAUAUGUAAUAUUACUGGCAAUGAAUUGAAAAUAAUUAAUUAUAUAUGUGUAUUCAAUGAAAUAAACAACUUAGAAUGGAU